ACAUUUUUGCAAAUUUUUUGGAUUAAAAUCUGCACUAUUAAAAAAUAUUAAAUACCAUCUCUGGUCUCUGGCUGAAAGUAUUGUGUUUGACGUUUAACAAUUUACGCUCACAUUCGUUGCAAUUUUGUUCAGAUAACGUCAAAUAUAUCAAAAACGAAAACAUAGAAAAUCGAAAACACACAAAAUUGAGUAAAUAUAGUUAAAGAACGUCACUACAUGGAUAUUUCUUUAAUCAUUAUAUUAAAAGAAAAAUAUUUCUGUCGUAUCCCAGAAAAUUCAAAAUCAAAAAUACAUGAAAAUAUACGUAUUUGUUUAAUCUGAAUUGAGACCGUGUUUAACAAGGCAUUUACCAAUCAGCGUGAUUAAAAAAAUUCCUGGAACACCAACAAAUUUCUGUUAAGCUGGUUCAAAAGGCGCUAUCAUAGCUGGAAAUAUAACAAUCGAUUUAUUCGAAUAUUUUUAAAGUAAUAUCUUGUUAAUACAAAUGAAAAGCAAACAAAAGCUUCCUAAUCUUCACGAUACGUGUUGAAAGGGAAUUCAAUAUUUAUAAAGGAUCCUGGGACUACUUGAAACUAACAGCUCAUAUGAUUUAUCAAUAGUGUUAUAUAUACUACAUACAUUAUCAGAUUUAUAAGGAGUUUAUCAAAGGUGAUCGUGGCAAAUUUUUAUUUGAGAUACUGGAUAUAGGGCAUAAGAAUGGCUCCUCUCUCUUGCCCUACUGACUCCAUCGAUUUCUGGAGGAAUGAGAUGCCAGAACGCGCCGAAGUCAGCUGUCUUAUGCCAAAUGGUAUUCUUAUUCUAACAGUAGUGCCCAUUAAUUGUACUAUCCGCGAAAUCAAAACGGAAGUUAUUAGAGAGGCAAAAAACUUCCCGCUAUGUCAUUUAAUAAAGGAUCCUUGCGACUAUGAAGUCAGUGGUAUUUCAAAUUUUGCUAAUGUAGAUUGUUUUACCGACGAAACGAAACGUCUAUCGGAAAUACAACCAUUUUUUUGUUUACUUCGUUUGGGAGAACGCACAGAGCCCUCAACUAUAUCAAGUGAUUAUGAACUAUCCAAGCUGGUUAGUAACAUGAUUGGAAAAUCAUUUGAAGAAUAUAGCGCACAACGUACACCCGAAGUAGAUGACUUUCGGCGCAAACUGACGCAUCUCUGUGAUAAAAUGGAACAGGUGCGGUCUCGCUUCACUUGGUCAGAGAAGUUGCUUUACGAACAUCCAAUGCGUGUUGCAAAUACCCCGGCUAUGCCUGAAUUAAUUCGUAAACGAUUGGGUGGUACAAGUUUUCUUAUAGUUGUUAAAUUAGAGAAUGACGAAGGCUCCUAUACAAUUCCUGUUAGUGAACACGAUACUUCAAGUACAGUGAUUGAAUCUGCACUAAUGAAAAUGCAGCGCUCUCAAAUAAGAGUAGGGGAUCGACCAUCAGACUAUAUACUAAAAGUCCGUGGUCGCGACGAAUUUAUUUUCGGUGAAUAUCCCAUAAUACAGUUCAUAUAUAUACAGGAAAGUCUCUCCGGCUCCGAUGUCCCCAAUGUUGUUUUAAAGCCUAUACACACACUGCAGUCGUAUAUAAACUACAGAAAUGAUUUGAACUUUUCUCACAAGCGAACACGAAGGCCGGAAUAUAAUCCUCCAUCUCUGCUAAACGAUCCGUGCCAAGACCGAAAGAUCACGUCAUCAUGGGACAUUUUAACUCCUUUUAAAUUACGUAUAUACCAAAUCGAGAAUGUAAAUUGCGAUCUGUCUCGCGCUAUCAAAGUGGGUGUACACAUUGGUCUUUUUCAUGGGGAGCGUCGUCUUUGUGCAACACAGUCCAUUGAAAUCGCAAUUAGUAACAAUCGUUCAUUUACAUUCGAGAAAGACAUUUCUUUCGAUAUACAAGUACAAAAUUUGCCUCGAAUGGCGCGUUUAUGCAUGGUUGUCUACGAAGUAACGAAAGCAUCGAGAUCCAAAAAGUCUUCAAAUACAAAUCGCGAUAAUAUUUAUAAAGAAGCCAAUACCUACGUGAAUAACAAUCCCUUGGCUUGGGUUAAUACGACCAUAUUUGACUAUAAACAUCAAAUGCGUUCUGGGUGUCUAGCACUUUACACAUGGACUUACGCAGAUGAUAUUCAGUCGGAUGAAAUUUUCCAUCCCCUAGGUACGAUUGAACCAAAUCCUCGUAAAGAUGGAUGUGCUAUAGUGAAAUUAGCAUUUCAUUGCUCCGGUUAUGAAAAUAUACAGUUUCCAUCGAUGAUAGCGGUUCUUAAGUAUGCAGAAGAGUUACAUCAUGGGGAAGUUCUUAGCGAUAAAUUACAUGAAAACUCCAAACCGAUCAGCGCUAUGUUGUCACAAUAUCUUCGCAUAGAUAAAGUAUUCGAAAUGCAUGAUCAAGAUCGCAAUGCACUAUGGUCGAGAAGAUAUGAACUCUUGGCCGAAGCUCCAGAGGAGUUAUCUACUUUGCUGCACUGUGUUAAUUGGAACGAACGUGACGAAGUAGCAGAGACGUGGAAUCUAUUGCAACAAUGGCCGACAAUAUCUGUAGAAAGAUCACUGGAAUUACUUGACUAUGCGUAUCCGGAUCCAGCGGUUCGAAGUUUCGCCAUACGCUGCCUCCGUUUUUUGAGAGAUGAGGAACUAUUGCUAUAUCUUUUACAACUGGUGCAAGCCAUGAAGCAUGAGUCUUAUCUAGACUGCGAUUUAGUAACAUUUCUGCUUGAGCGGGCGUUGCGCAAUCAACGAAUUGGUCACUAUUUCUUUUGGCAUUUGCGAUCCGAAAUGCAAACGCUCUCCAUGCAAACUCGGUUUGGUCUAUUACUUGAAGGGUACCUCAAAGGUUGCAAACCACACGUGCCUCACCUUUGCAAACAACUCAAAGUUUUAGACGCCCUCAAAGCUGGUUCUCUGAUCGCAAAAAAAGGAAGCAAAGAAAAAGGUCGAAAGGAGAUGCAAGACUUUCUUUCCAGCCCAAGCAAUAGUAGUAUAUUUCAGAGCAUACAAAACCCAUUGAAUCCCAGUUUUCGAUGCAAGGGCAUACAACCAGAAAAAUGCAAAGUAAUGGACUCUAAAAUGAGACCACUUUGGAUUGUGCUAAAAAACGCGGAUCAGAGUUGUAAUGAUAUUUAUAUAAUUUUCAAAAAUGGCGACGAUUUACGGCAGGAUAUGUUGACAUUGCAAAUGCUGCGUGUCAUGGACCAAUUGUGGAAGAAUGAAGGUAUGGAUUUUCGCAUGAAUAUUUACAACUGCAUUAGUAUGGAACGUCGUUUAGGAAUGAUCGAAGUGGUGCUAAAUGCCGAAACAAUCGCCAAUAUUCAAAAAGAGAAGGGUAUGUUCUCAGCAACAUCACCAUUUAAGAAAGGUUCCCUAUUUAGUUGGUUGAAGGAAUAUAAUCGUACUGAAGAAGAAAUGAAUAAAGCAAUAAACGAAUUUACAUUGAGUUGCGCUGGAUAUUGUGUGGCCACCUAUGUUCUAGGUGUGGCCGAUCGACAUUCAGAUAACAUAAUGGUUAAACGUAACGGGCAGCUUUUUCAUAUUGAUUUCGGUCACAUACUAGGCCACUUUAAGGAGAAAUUUGGUGUGCGUCGUGAGAGAGUUCCUUUUGUAUUAACGCAUGAUUUUGUAUAUGUCAUAAGUAAAGGACGUAACGACCGAGAUUCGGAAGAAUUUCUUUAUUUUCAAAAUAUGUGCGAAAAGGCAUUCUUAGUGUUACGAAAACAUGGCUGUCUUAUAUUAUCGUUAUUUUCAAUGAUGAUAUCAACCGGAUUACCAGAACUAUCCUCUGAAAAAGAUCUUAAUUACUUAAAGGAAACUCUGGUUCUUGACUAUACCGAGGAAAAAGCCCGCGAACACUUCCGUUCAAAGUUCAGCGAAGCCUUAGUCAACUCUUGGAAAACUUCUUUGAAUUGGGCUUCGCAUAAUUUUUCAAAAAAUAAUAAGCAGUAGACAAAUGCAUUUAAAGUAUUAACGCAUAAAUCAGCAUUUUGAAUUUGAGUUAAAACAAAUUCGAAUGGUAGUAAUAGCUCUGUAAUUGUAAGUUGGCAUUAAAAACAAUGAAUAAUAAUAUACAUACGUAUAUUUUGUUCAGCGCUAUAAUAUGCAGUCACUCACAACAUUGAUUACUUUAAGCCUUCAUGAGUAAUGUUUGAAAACUCAUUAAUAUUUUAAAGUUUUUCCUAAUACAUAAAUAAAUUAGUUACAGAAAUAUGAGCAUUUAUCAUUGUGAAACCAUGGCAGCUUUUAUCCUACUAACCAUACUGUUUAACAAGUUUUUUCAUACUUCUAUCGCCAUGCAAUUCCAUACCUUUGCAUAUUUAUGUUUGCUAUGGAACCAGUCUGCACAAAUAUGGUUUAUAAAUAUAUACCAUGGGUGCAGAACGGUAUGUGUUUUUCAUAAUACCUUUCAAAAUAUUAAUGUGAGAUUUUUCAGCUUUGUGUAUCUGCCGAUAAAUAGGUACGAGUAUAACAUUUAACGAAUAAAUCAAAAAGUCUAUUCAACAGAGUUGAAAAGACCUUUUCUAAAAUAUGGUUUAUUUUCUCUGCAUUGUAGGCAACUUUCCCCUUUUAGAUAGGUUUAAAUUGUUUGAGACUCCAGGUAAUACAAAUAAGUAACUGGUUUAGCUCUUGAUUUUGCGCAGCAGUUCAAUCGUGAUAAUUGUGAGCAACUGCAUAUAUAUAUGUGCAUGUAUGUUUUUUUGUUGUUGUUUGCAUGAGCAAAUAUUUAUAUGAUUUUCAUGAAGUUACAGUUAAAAAAAUUUACAGUUUAGUCGAAACACUAAAUUUUGUUAAUACACAAACAACAUAUUUUGUCUUGGUAAACAUUAUCAAACAUAAUGUGUUGAUGCUAUACUUACAAAUACAAUUCAUAGAAUUCGAUUGAAAAUUGUAUUAUUUAAGUGAUGUGAUUGCACUACAUUUUAUUUAGCAUAGUUUAUAAUGCGGACUUUUCUUUUUACAUUAAAUAAAAAUCA